UCCUUGCGCCAUCCCGACGUGUAUCCUCCGCACAUGCCAGACACGCUGUUCUUCCUCGAGAUUCUGCGUGACUUGGAGCUGCGUACAUGCGGGAGCACAACUGUUGUUUGCGAAGUUGGCUGUGGUGCGGCACCUCUUGCCACCCUGUUGGCCAUGCAUCUCGGCUCUUCGGCGGCGACUCUCGCCUUUGACCUCCACUCAUCAGCGUGCUCUGCAGCUGCAGAGACGGCGCAAUGCAACAACAUCGUAUUGCAAGUUGCACGCAUGGACCUUGUUGCGGCGAUGAGGCCAGGCUUGAUUGACCUGCUGCUUUGCCACCCGCCCUACGUGCCGACGAGCGCAGUGGAGCUGGAGACGGCGCGCGCCUCGUCGGGCGAAGCCAAGGCGAGCGUCGAGGCUGCGAAGGUCACAUGGGCCGGCGGCCCGGGCGGCACACGUAUGCUGGGUGCGCUGUGCGAUGCGCUGCCACGUGUGCUGUCACCCGACGGCUUCGCGCUUGUC